ACCAAUAUUUGCUUCGGUUUAUUUAAAUUUUACAAAGAUUGUGAAAAUUAAAAAAUCAAGCCAAUGUAUUUUUCAACUAAAAUUAUUAAAAAUGUACUUAACACUAGUAUAAUGAAAUGGGGAAAAGGAUCCUGUGAAUGUUAUCCUAAAUACAAAGUUUUAUCAAGAUAUUGCAUGCAAAAGCAUUCGUCUGAUAAUAUUUUCAUUGAUUUUCAUGGAAAUUGGCCAGAAACUGAAAAAAGUGUUUUUCUAAAUGAAAUGCGUGUACUCCCAAAUUUUCUAUCUAAUGAAGAAGAAGCUCAAUUGUUAGAUGAAGUUGAACCAUAUUUAAAAAGAUUAAGAUAUGAAUUUGAUCAUUGGGAUGAUGCUAUUCAUGGAUAUCGUGAAACGGAACGGAAGCAUUGGUAUCCGCAUAAUAGAAAAACUAUUCAAAGAAUAAGCGAUGUCGCCUUUAAUGGUCAAAUUAUGUCUUAUAUACAUAUAUUAGAUCUUGAUGAGAAGGGUGUAAUAAAACCUCAUGUUGAUAGUACAAGAUAUUGUGGUGAUACUAUUGCUGGAAUGAGUUUACUAUCAAAUUCUGUAAUGCGCCUUAUACGAACUGAUGAAAAGAAAUAUCAACAAAAUAAAACGUCAGAAGAUGUAGAUUCUAGUUAUCGUAAUCAACCAAAGCCAUCGACUAUUAAUAAUUUUUAUGCAGAUAUUUUGCUACCAAGACUUUCCCUGUAUAUAAUGAGUCACUCAGCACGUUACAACUUCACUCAUGAAAUUUUAGCAAAUGAAAAUUCACAAUUUAAGGGUGAAAAAAUAUUAAAAACUCGUCGAAUUUCUAUAAUUUGUCGUAAUGAACCGUAAAUAAAUUAACCGAUUUAUUUUAAUUUUAAAAUAAAAAA